AUGGCUUUGUUUUCUCAUUCACUUCUUCAUAUUUUUGCCUUACUUAUGACCCUUAUUAUUAUGCCCUUUGAUUUCAACAACCUUUUGGUUGGUGUAUCAUCCACCACUCUUAGCAUCACCACAGACAACCUUUUGGUUGGUGUAUCAUCCACCACUCUUAGCAUCACCACAGACAAAGAAGCCUUAAUCUCAUUAAAGUCUCAAUUGAGUAUUAACAAUGACACUUCUAGUUCUAGUUCCCACCCAUUCUCUUCUUGGAGCCAUAACUCAUCUCCUUGCAAUUGGACUGGUGUGUUGUGCGACAAGCAUAACCAAAGAGUGACUGCCUUAGAUCUUUCAGGUUUCGGACUCUCAGGUAACCUGAGCCCUUAUAUAGGUAACAUGUCCUCUCUUCAAUCCCUACAAUUGCAGGAUAACCAGCUCACGGGAUUCAUUCCUAACCAAAUCACCAAUCUAUAUAACUUGAGAGUUCUAAACAUGAGCUCUAACAGAUUCGAAGGAAUGCUUCUUUCGAAUCUUACAUACCUAACCGAGCUCAAUACUCUUGAUUUGUCCUCAAACAAGAUUGUAAGCAGAAUUCCUGAAGACAUCAGCAGCUUGAAAAAGCUGCAGGUCUUGAAACUUGGAAGGAAUAGCUUCUAUGGUUCAAUUCCAGCAACUCUAGGAAAUAUUUCAUCUCUGAGAAAUAUAAGUUUUGGCACCAACUCGCUUAGUGGCUGGAUUCCGAGUGACUUAGGUAGGCUACAUAAUUUGAUUGAGCUUGAUCUCACUCUUAACAAUCUUACAGGAACUGUUCCACCUGUUGUAUACAAUUUGUCUUCCCUUGUUACCUUAGCCUUAGCUUCGAAUUCCUUAUGGGGUGAUAUUCCUUAUGAUGUUGGUGUUAAACUUCCAAAACUACUAGUGUUCAAUUUUUGCUUCAAUAGGUUCACAGGUAGAAUUCCAGGGUCUUUACAUAACCUCACCAAUAUUAGGAUCAUUCGCAUGGCCUCUAACCAUUUGGAAGGAACGGUUCCACCUGGUUUAGGAAACCUUCCAUCUCUUCACAUGUAUAAUAUUGGCUAUAACAGGAUAGUCAACUCGGGAGUCGAUGGUUUGGACUUCAUCACUUCAUUGACAAACAGCACUCACUUGAACUUUCUAGCUAUUGAUGGAAAUAUGCUAGAAGGUGUCAUUCCUGAAACCAUUGGCAAUUUCUCCAAGGAACUCUCAAAAUUAUACAUGGGAGAGAAUCGUUUCAAUGGAACUAUACCCUCUUCCAUCGGUCGUCUUAGUGGUUUGAGUUUGUUAAACUUGAGCUACAAUUCAAUUAGUGGAGAGAUUCCAAAGGAGUUAGGCCAGUUAGAGGAGCUACAAGUGCUAGAUCUGGCUAGAAAUAAUCUAUCAGGGCCUAUUCCAAAUUCUCUUGGUAACCUUGUAAAGUUAAACAAGAUUGAUUUGUCAAGAAAUCAACUUGUGAGUAGAAUACCGAACAAUUUUGGGAAUUAUCAAAGCCUUCUCUACAUGGACUUAUCUAGCAACAAACUCAAUGGAAGCAUACCUAUGGAAAUCCUCAAUCUCCCAACUUUGAGCAAUGUUUUAAACUUAUCAAACAAUUUGUUGAGUGGAGCAAUACCUCAAGUUGGGAAAUUAACUACCAUUGCCACCAUUGACUUUUCCAACAACCAAUUGAAUGGAAACAUCCCCAGCUCAUUCAGCAGUUGUUUGAGUUUGGAGAAAUUGUUUUUGGCCAGGAAUAUGCUUUCAGGUUCCAUUCCAAAAGCUCUUGAAAAUGUGAAAGGCUUGGAAACUUUGGACUUGUCAUCCAACCUACUCUCUGGAUCCAUUCCUAUUGAACUUCAAAACCUGCGCGUCCUUAAGCUUUUAAACCUCUCUUUCAAUGACUUAGAAGGAGUCAUUCCCAGUGGUGGAGUUUUCCAAAAUCUCUCUGAUGUCCACUUAGAAGGCAAUACGAAACUAUGCUUGAACUUUGCAUGUGCGCCUCGAGUCCAUAGAAGAACACAUGUCAGAUUUUAUAUCAUCAUAGUCGUUGUGUUAAUAUCGGUUCUAUGUCUCGCAACUGGCUUGAUAAUAUACAUGAAGUAUACCAAUGUGAAGGUAGCAGCAACAUCCGAACAGCUAAAGCCACAGACACUAAUGGUUUCUUACGACGAGCUUCGUUUGGCAACAGAGGGGUUCAGCCAAGAAAAUUUAAUAGGAACUGGGAGUUUUGGAUCGGUGUAUAAAGGCUAUCUAAGUCAAGAAAACAGUACUGUUGCAGUGAAAGUGCUUGAUACACAAAGAACAGGUUCUUUAAAGAGUUUCUUUGCAGAGUGUGAGGCUAUGAAGAACUCAAGGCACAGAAAUCUUGUUAAGCUAAUUACAUCGUGCUCUAGUGUUGAUUUUCGAAACAACGAUUUUCUGGCUUUGAUCUAUGAGUAUUUGAGUAACGGGAGCUUGGAAGAUUGGAUUAAGGAGAGGAGAAAGCAUGGAAAUGGAAAUUGUUUGAACCUUAUGGAGAGACUAAAUAUAGCUAUAGAUGUUGCUUCGGCAUUAGAUUACUUGCACAAUGACAGUGAAACUCCUGUCGUGCACUGUGAUAUAAAGCCGAGUAACAUUCUCCUGAAUGAAGAUAUGACUGCAAAGGUUGGAGACUUUGGUUUGGCUAGAUUACUGAUUCAAAGAUCAAAUGAUCAAUUUUCCAUCAGUUCCACUCAUGUCCUUCGAGGUUCAAUCGGUUACAUACCUCCAGACUAUGGAUGGGGAGAGAAAGCGUCGGCAGCAGGAGAUGUAUAUAGUUUUGGGAUAGUGAUACUAGAGCUCUUCUCCGGGAAAAGUCCACAAGAUGAUUGCUUCAGUGGAGGCCUGAGCAUAGCAAAAUGGGUGCAAUCAGCAUUCACAAACAAGACUGUUCAAGUCAUUGACCCUAAGCUGCUAUCCCUCAUUUACGAUGACGACUCUGCUAGAGACACCAAUGUACAACAUCAGUGUGUGGAUGCAAUCAUGGGAGUUGGCAUAUCCUGCACUGCAGACAAUCCAGAUGAUCGCAUUGGCAUUAGAGCUGCUGUUCGCCAACUAAAAGCUGCUAGAGACUGUCUUCUGAAAAAAAUCUGA